GAGCGGAACCCGCCCAGAAGCGGUCCGAGCCCGCGGGGGAAACCUUCAGCGCCCUGCUGCAGUUGCCUGCCUGUGGAGGCGCUGACGUAGGGAACCCACAAAAACUUGUGGAAAACUCCGAGGGGGGAAAAACCCGGAAAAACCUCAACUUUAGUGGGAAGUCCAGAGCUAGGAAUGAGCUCGUCUUUCUGCUCUUCAUCCAGCUGUGGAAAUGCGAGGACUUGUGCUAGCUUUUCGCCCACUGUUUAGAGUGGAGGCUUUCGCCUUGUGUACAGCGCUGCUUGCUGUGACCAGCUUCGGCCGUGCCGCUGGCACACAACAUGAAGCUCUGGAGCAAAGUCAACUUUCCGACCUACACAAUAAAGGUGUAUUUCUUCUGGAGAGCAUAUCUUUGCAGCGCUGUCUCUUUGCCAACUCUUCAGGCAUCUCACUGGCCAGCUGUGAUCGCCCAACCGCCGCUUCGCUAUGGAAGUGGGUGUCUCGCCAUCGCCUCUUCAACCUAGGCACCAACAAGUGCCUGGGCAUCAACUCUACGACCCAACAGUUCGAAGUGGGCAUGUUCGAGUGUGACGUUCUCUUACCCUCCAUGUGGUGGCGCUGUCAAGCCCAUACGUUGUAUGGAACCACCCAGAAGAAACUAGUGGUGAUGGGCUCCCGGGUGACAGUACAGAGAGCCAUCAUGCAUGAGUGGAGGAUAUAUGGGGAGCUUGGAGAGGCUCCAUGUGCUUACCCCUAUGAAGAAAUCCACACUCUGUUGGGGAAUGCCCAGGGUUUGCCCUGUGCCCUGCCGUUUCAGUACAGUGGUAAGUGGUUCUGGGAGUGCACCACAGAAGGCAGAGAGGAUCAGCACCUCUGGUGUGCCACCACCAGCAGCUAUGACCAGGACCAGAAGUGGGGAUUCUGCCCGACUGCAGUGGCCGGUUGUGAUUCGUUCUGGGAGAGCAGUGAUGAACUGAAAGCCUGUUAUCAGUUUAACUUGUACUCUCUUCUGACCUGGAGCCAAGCACUCAUCUCCUGUCAGUCACAAGGAGCCAGUCUCCUGUCCAUCACGCACACUGCGGAGCACGACUACAUCCGAGAAAGGCUUGAAGACAUGGGUGUGAUAGUCUGGACUGGGCUAAACCACCUAGCUCACGAUGGGGGGUGGCAGUGGUCAGAUGGAUCCCCUCUCGCUCUGCUUCAGUAUAGCUCAGACAUGACGUCACUCGUGGUGGGACAGAACCAGCUGUGUGGAGUGUUUAACUCAGCUCUGGGGACAGGGUACUGGCAGAGCUUGUCCUGUGAUUCUGCUUUGCCUUACAUCUGCAAGAAAACCCCCAAUAUCAGCAGGACAGCCGAGCCUAUUGAUAACUGGCAGUAUAAGAGUACGCUGUGUCUCGAUGGUUGGAUCGAUCACAAUGGCUUCUGUUAUCGCUAUGUGGAUGAGAAGGGAAGCUGGGACAACUCCUCUAACACAUGCAAGGCUCUCGGGGCACAGCUGACCAGCAUCCACUCCCUCUCUGAGCAGGAGCUACUGUUAGCGCUCCUUAUUAACGCCUCUGACUCGAAGGUGUGGAUCGGUUUAUAUAUGGAGUCUGGUUCCCCAGCAGUUGAGUGGUCAGAUGGCUCGCCUCUCACUCUUACAUCCUGGCAACGGCAGCAGCCUUUUCCUCGCCGUGAAGACAAACGCAUGUGCGUUGCCGCAGACAGGAAGAACGGGAACUGGGAGUUUGUGGAGUGUGAGAAGAUGUAUCCAGCAGUUUGUCGUACCGUUGGUCUUGUACCCCUACACCCAACAGGAGAAUGGGAUGAAGGCUGCCCAGAGGGAUGGAAGAGGAAGGGAAACUCCUGCUACAAGAUUGCCGAUGAGGAGCAGACGUUCAAGGAGGCAGCGAAGGGUUAUUACUGUAAAUCAUCUCUCGUCACUAUCGAGGACAGGUUUGAGCAAGCGUUUCUGAACAGCCUGAUCAAUGCAAAGAACGGCGCCGCGUCCCAGUUUUACUGGACCGCUCUCCAGGACCAGAACAGGACCGGAGAUUAUCGCUGGUUGAUGCAGAACGGCUCCACAACAACCCUCGCGUACACCAACUGGAACCGCCACCAGCCCUUAGUGACCGGAGGAGGUUGCGUGGCAAUGGCAGGAGGGCAAUGGCUCGGGCACUGGGAGGUGAAGAAUUGCAAUUCCUAUAAGGCCUUAGCGGUGUGCGAGCAGAGCGUGAGCAGUUACCAUGACGUCAUCUUUCCCAUACCACACGUAGACAUCUUUAAACCCUGUAAGGACGGAUGGGAGAGUCAUCCUGGUCUGCAUCACUGCUACAAGGUGUUCCACAACGAGAAGAUCUUGAUGCGUCGCUCGUGGUCUGAAGCCGAGUUUUUCUGCCGGGCUCUUGGCGCGGACCUUACCAGCUUCCACUAUUACGAGGACCAGGCCUUUGUCAAACAGCUCCUGACUAAGAUGUUUGACAGUACAGAGGGUCGCUGGUUCUGGGUUGGCCUCACUAAACGAGAUCCACAGUCUGCUGGAGCCUGGGAGUGGUCAGACGGCACACCGGUGGUGAAAUCUUUCAUAGAGGACAAGAACGACGAUGUGAGCACUCACGAGUGUGCCGUGUACAGCGAUCUAACCAACACUCUCACACCCCGACCCUGUGACGCCAAACAUGAAUGGAUCUGCAAGGUGCCAAGAGGUGUGGAGUUAACAAAGCCUUAUUGGUACAGCAAUCAGAAUGAACCAUGGGUGUUCUACCGUGGAGCCGAGUACUACUUGGCCAGCCAGGCGUUCCCUUGGGAGGUCGUGUUGUUCGCCUGCAAGAUGAUGGGAGCAGAUUUGUUGUCCUUACACUCCAAAGAGGAACUGGCGUUCAUCAAAGAACGCAUGAUGAAAGCUGCUCAUAGUACUGCUGAAUGGUGGAUUGGUCUAACAGCUGACAGCGCACACGACGGCUUCAGGUGGACUGAUGGAACAGCCCUAGAUUACGAGAACUGGAAAAGCGGAAUGCCUUUGAGACAACCUGGACAAAAAUGCGUCUCUAUGUCCCUGACUGGGGCGUGGUCUACGGGUCGUUGUAUGGAUCUUCACGGUUCCGUGUGUAAACGCAGGACCGUAUCGGUGGUGGAGACCCCACGGGAGCCUCACUUUAUCGGCGCCUGCCCAGAAAAGUGGUUCUACUUCGGCCAUAAGUGUCUGUUGCUGCAUCUCCCGCUCCGGCCGGAGGAGGGGAAGAGCUGGAAGGAUGCUCGGUCUAUCUGCUCUAGCUUCCAAGGCAUGCUGGUGACAAUCGAGGACGAGAUCGAGCAAGCUUACAUCACCAUGCUGCUUCACGGCGAGUCCGAGGGAGUCUGGAUUGGCUUGCAGGAUGCAGACACCAUGAAAUGGACCAAUGGGAAGCCUGUAACGUACACCAACUGGUCACCUGUAGAACCAGAGCAUUCUGUCACUCGGGAGGAGUGGUUGGGCGAGGGGACUGAAGUUGAACCAUUGUGCACUGUUCUGUCCAACACUCACAACUUUCACUUUACGGGAAAGUGGUACAAGGAGAAGUGCGACCAGAGUGGCUUCGGCUUUGUGUGUCAAAAACCACAAGACAAAACCAGACGUCCGUCUCAGUCAUAUCCUGGCCCUGCGUCCCUAGAGUUCUCCGAGUACAAGAACCGGAGUUACCGUGUUGUCCACGGCAACAUGAGCUGGUACAAGGCCUUGACUGCUUGUGUGGAGGUAAAUGCAGAGCUCGUGAGUAUCACCGACCCGUUUCAUCAGGCCUACCUCACUGUACUGGUGAACCGACUGGGAGCCCCGCACUGGAUCGGACUUUUGAGUCAGGACGACGGUAUAAAUUAUCGUUGGAUUGAUGGCAGUAAUAAUAUGUUCACACACUGGGACUCAGUGGAUGAUGAUGAUGAUGAUGAUGAUGAUGGGGACGGUUCUUUCGUGCUGGGAAAUUGUGUGUACAUUGACAUCAGUGGUGGCUGGAGAAGAGCUAACUGUAACAUGCCUCUUCCAGGAGCACUGUGCUACAUCCCUCCACCUAAAAGUAUACCGUUCUCCGCUGAAGUGGUGUGCCCAGAAACCUGGGUGAAGUUUCGUGGAAGCUGCUACAAUUUCGAGCCCGUCAUCUUGAGAAUGCCUCUAGAAGAAGCAAGAGAACACUGCAGGAAUAAAGAUAAUUCUUCUGACGUUUUGACGAUCCGGGACGAGGAGGAGAACCGCUUCUUCCUGGAGCAGAUGCAGAAUUUUUACGAUGCCUUUGAGACUGUCUGGCUGGGCAUUUAUUACAACAUAGAAAAGGGUGCUUUAACCUGGCUGGACGACUCAGCCCUGGACUACACAAACUGGCGCCUGAAAGCUCCGGAUACGAGCGCGAUGCAUGCAGACACCUGCGUGUCGACGCGGGUCUCAAAUGCUGAGUGGCUCCUGGCCGACUGCUCAGACAGACUUGGCUUCGUAUGCAAAACUCGUUCAGAGUCCGUCCAAGAGGUGGAGGUGGAGCCACUGACUGGUUUGCAUCAUGGAGUUGUUCCAGCUGCAGUCUUGGUGGCCAUAUUGUUCUUCGCCAUGAUGGCUGGACUGCUGUGGUUCGUGUAUAAGAGAAACACGCUGGGCUUCCGGAGGCUUCCGUCACUCGGCAGCGCCUUUUACAGCUCUCGGGCCACAGACUCGGACGGGAACGUACUCCUGUCGGACCUAGAGACACAUGCAGGGGAUUAGCACGGGCGGGCGUGUGUGUGUGUGUGUGUGUGUGUGUGUGAGAGAGAGAAAGAGUGAGAGAGAGAGGUUUAGGGUUGGGUGGGUUGGAUAUUCCAGGAGACGUUUUUUUAACAUUUUAUAUCUACAAGGUAGGGAUUUCUGACGGUUUUAUUUUUGGUUACUGGGGUUAAGGUUGGGGUUAGAUUUAGGUCUAGCAUAGCAAUAAUUCGCCGCAUUAAUAAUUAUGUCCUCAUGUGGAUAGUAAGACAAAUGUGUGUGUGUGUGUGAGUGAGAGAGAGAGAGAGAGAGAGAGAGAGAGAGAUUUCCAUCAGGGAUUCUGUGGUCAGCACCAAACAUGAACCCUGCAUCUAAACAGCAUGUCUUUGGUUCAUGAUUCUCUCUGCUGUGAUCAACAGCCGCAGCACUGUAAUGCACAAUAAUGUAGCGUUGCUUUUACACAGUAACAUGGAGGAUCGGGAAUACGGAAGGGUCGUUCCGAGUUAAAACGGUAAUGUUUUCUUGUUCUUACAGUAUCAGGGAGACUUUAUGAACACAACGCGAAACUUUCACGACGUGUACGACAGCGUACAACUUCUGCUGCUAAAAUGUUAUUUCUGCAGCCCCCCCCCACACACACGUGUUCAUGCACAGAUCGUUCUCAGCAGGCCUCGUUCAACGGGAAGUUCAUUCUAACCCGGAUUAGAACAAUAAACAACGAAUCCUUCAGGAAUAAUGGUCUUUUAAAAGCUUUAAAAUUAGCCGCAGUUCACCAAAGCAGCAGCCAAGCCGACAUGUUUAUAUUGGAAAGACAGCACAGGCUUUCGUUAUCAGUGUUUGAAUACGGCUUGAAGCCGGUGUUAUGCUUUUGAUUUGCGAACCCUGUUUUAUCGGAGCAAAUUAUUGUAGAAUUGCAUGUUUGUUCUUUGACUAGCACUUUAUCUCAUUUCAAACACACACACCCCCCCCCCCCACCCACCCACACACACACACACGCGCGCUCUGUCUGAGCAUUAUUAGUGGAAUAAAGCAUUAAUCCUCACACACCGAUGAACAAAAAGAGUCGGGCAGUAAAACUGAUUCCGAAUAACCGAGUCAUAUAUUAACUUACACUUACAGUGGUGCUUGAAAGUUUGUGAACCCUUUACCCUCCGUGCAUUUUCUGCAUAUCUGCGUAAAUAUGGUCCUAGAAGUCGAUCAAGAGAACCCAGUUAUACAAAUGAGAGAAAAAUCUUAUACGCUGUCGUUUAUUUAUCGAGGAAAAUAUCGAUCCUCGUUGUCUACUUUUAGGACUUCUGAAAAUCCGCUAAUGUUUUCGAUCGUAUUUAUGCAAAUAUAUAAAAUAUUCUAAAGGGUUCACAAAGUAUAUAAGGCUUACAUCCAGUAUCUGUUUGUCUUUGGAUAGAGUUCAUCAUAGUCUUUAGUCCCCCCCCCCAUCUGAUUGUUUGUUUAUAUUUUGGAUAUUCUAAGUCCACUGUAAAAGAUCAGCUGUGCUGAGCUGGAUUUAGGUUGUAUGUUUAAACAGAAAGAGUGGCCGAAUGACGCCUGGUGUUCCUAUAGUCAGUUUUGCUAUUUUCCAGUCGGCAUCUUUGGCUCUGUGUGAGAUAAUAAUGACUGUGUGAAAACAUGUACAUACGAAACUACUUGGUACACUCUGCGGUCUCCUCUUGAAGCCAGCCUUGGUAUAGAUCACAAGACAGUCGUGCUUCCAAUUUGUAUAUGCACUGUGCGCAUUAAAAGGGUUAACGGGGUUGAUAUUACUUUUCUGCUUAAUGUGAUGUGAUGUGAUGGGGGAGGGGGUUCAUGCCACAUGGGAUAAAGUAGCUGUACAGUAUUGAAUCACAGUUUACAGUUUUAUUGCCGUGUUUGUUUUAUUUGUAAUGAAGAAGAAGAAAAGAGUUUUGAACAGCUGUAUGUAGCUGGCACAAGGAUUCUUCACUCUUAUCCUUAAUGUACUUUUCUUUGUUCUUAUCCUUAAUGUACUUUUCUUUUCUUUGUUUUUAUCCUUAAUGUACUUUUCUUUUCUUUGUUUUUAUCCUUAAUGUACUUUUCUUUGUUCUUAUCCUUAAUGUACUUUUCUUUGUUGAAGCGCAUGUGUGAGAUAGGAAGCUUGUACAUUCAGUUUUUACCCGUGAGAUACCACUCAUAGACAAUACAUGUGACCUUUUUCUUUUUUUUCUUCCUUUCACUGCGCAGUUCUGAUUCACAGUCGGUUGAAAUAAAGCAAAUGUGUUUCAAUGUAA